AUGUGUGAAAGAAAUCUUGCAGCGACUUCGUUGCCAGAUGCGGCCUCCAACAAGAUCCUGCGACAGGUCGUUUGGAGCUUUCAAGAGCAAAAGCAAUGGCAGUUCAUACUUGCCACGCUAGAGGCAGUGAGGGAGAACGCUGCCAUAACACCAGAUGUGUCCAACUACGCAGUUGGGCAGUCGACUUGCGCCAAGGCCAAACAAUGGCAGGAAGCAUUGAAGUUGUUUGAGGCUAUUCCAAAGGGGCAAGUGCAGCCAAGCGUCAUCAGCUACAAUGCAGCCAUCAGUGCCUGCGAGAAGGGCUGGCAGUGGCAGCACGCCUUGAAGUUGUUUGAGGCCGUACCAAAGGCGCAAGUGCAGCCAAGCGUCAUCAGCUACAAUGCGGCCAUCAGUGCCUGCGAGAAGGGCUGGCAGUGGCAGCAAGCGUUAAAGCUGUUUUGGGCCAUACCAAAGACUAAGGGGCGCCCAAACGUCAUCAGCUACAGUGCAGCUAUCAGUUCCUGCGAGAAGGGCGGGCAAUGGCAAGAAGCAUUGGAGUUGUUUGAGGACAUGCCAAAGUCGAAAGUGCAGCCAGAUGUUAUCAGUUACGGUGCAGCCAUCAGUGCCUGCGAGAAGGGCGGGCAGUGGCAGGAAGCCUUGAAAUUGUUUGAGACCAUUCCAAAGGCUAAAGUUCAUCAAAACGUCAUUAGUUAUAAUGCAGCCAUCAGCGCCUGUGAGAAGGGUGGGCAGUGGCAGCAAGCAUUGCUUUUGUUUGAAACCAUGCCACAUGCCAAAGUGCAGCCAGAUGUCAUCACCUACAAUGCAGCCAUCAGUGCUUGCGAGAAGGGCGGACAAUCACAGGAAGCUUUGAAGUUGUUUAAGGCCAUGGGAAUGACGAAGGUGCAGCCAGAUGUCAUUAGUUGCAAUGCAGUCAUCAGUGCCUGUGAGAAAGGCGGGCAGUGGCAGCAAGCAUUGAAGUUGUUUGAGGCCAUGCCAAGCGCUAAAGUUCAGCCAACCGUUAUUACUUGCAAUGCGGCCAUCAGUGCAUGCGAGAAGGGCGGGCAGUCGAAGGAAGCAUUAAAGGUGUUUGAGGUCAUGCCGAUGGCAAAAGUGCAACCAGACGUGGUCACUUACAGUGCAGCCAUCAGCGCCAGCGAGAAGGGCGGGCAAUCACAGGAUGCGUUGAAGUUAUUUGAGGCCAUGCCAAAGGCGAAAGUUCAACCAAACAUCGUUACUUACAAUGCAGUGAUCAGCGCCUGCGAGAAGGGUGGGCAGUUUCAAGAUGCAUUGAAGUUGUUUGAGGCCAUGCCCAAGGCGAAAAUACAGCCGGAUGUGAUCAGCUACCAUGCAGCCAUCAGUGCCUGCGAGAAGGGCUUGCAGUGGGAAGAAGCAUUGAAAUUGUUUGAGACCAUGCUAAAGGCUAAAGUUCAGCCAACCGUCAUGAGUUUCAAUGCAGCCAUCAGCGCUUGCGAGAAGGGCGGUCAAUGGCAGGAAGCAUUAAAGUUGUUUGAGGCCAUACCAAAGUCUAAAGGACAGCCAAGCGUCAUCAGCUACAGUGCUGUCAUCAGUGCCUGUGAGAAGGGCAGGCAAUGGAGUGAAGCGCUCAAGUUGUUUGAAACUAUGACACGGGCUAAAGUUCGGCCCAACGUCAUUAGUUGCAACGCAGCCAUCAGUGCCUGUGAGAAAGGCGGCCAAUGGCAGGAAGCUUUAAGGUUGUUUGAGGACAUGCCAAAUGCAAAAGUGCGGCCAGAUGUCAUCAGUUGCGGUGCAGCCAUCAGUGCCUGCGAGAAGGGCGGGCAGCGGCAGGAAGUAUUGAAGCUGGUUGAGGCCAUGAGUGCAGCCAACUGUCAUCGGCUACGAAGUCGCCAUCAACGUGCAGUAGCAAGAAAGAUUGAAGCUUUUUGA